AAUUCAGUUUCCAAACAAGACUCGUUCUGAGUUCGAGCGAACCGCUGCGUGUUCAAAGUUAUUCAAUCUGUUUCAGUGUUUGUGGACAAGUUUACACAUCGACAAAUAACGAACAUGGCUCUCGAAAUAACUACAGAAGAUGCACUGGAAUACCAAUACAACCCUGUAACUGGUGGCUCCAUAAACUUUAAAGUACGUGCAUCAAAUGAUGCACACAUUGCCCUUACAACUGGGAGUGCCGAAUCUGAGCCUAUGUAUGAGGUCUUCAUUGGGGGCUGGGGAAACACUAAAUCUGUAAUCCGUCGUAAUAGAACUAAACCAGAAGUUGCAGAAACAGACACACCUGACAUCCUAAAUGCAGGAGAAUUUCGAGGAUUUUGGAUUCGUUGGCAGAGUGGCGUAGUGACCGUAGGGCGCGAAGGUGAGGCCGCUGCUUUUUUAACUUACGAGGAUCCUGAACCAUUUAAUAUUACCCAUUAUGGAGUCUGUACCGGUUGGGGAGCCACUGGAUCCUGGAAGAUAGAAGAAGUAAAUCCCUCCAGUGCUCCAGCUGGUGGCUGGGUUACACCAUCAGCUGGUGGUUCAGCAUGCUGGGUGGAUGCCAGUAAUGGAGAGGUUCCACCUAAUGCUUUAAGUGGCGGUAAAGACGGCGAUGAAGAACUCUUUGUGGGACGUGCAAGACACGAAGGUGCGCUUUUGCCUGGUAAAAUUGUACCAUCUCAUGGCGUUUGCUACGUUGCAUGGGGAGGUGGUGAACACGGUGUUCAAGAAUAUCAGGUUUUAUGCAGCUGUGAUGGAACCUGGGUAGCGACUCAAGGUGCCAAUAUACCAGAUGGUGCUCUCCCAGCUGGCGAGACAGAGGAUGGUGAACCAUUAUUUGUUGGACGUGCUGAGCACGAAGGUACCGUGACGGUCGGCAAAGUUCAAGUUUCACACGGCGUUUGUUACAUCCCAUAUGCAGGUCAAGAAAUGGGAUUCGAUACGUACGAGGUCCUUGUAUUCAAACAGUAAAAUUAAAUAUUGAAAGAUAUUAAUCAUAUGAUGCAUGAGCAAAAAGCCUGCUCGUACAUUUUUUGCCUAAAUCUAUUUAGAUUGAUUGUUACUAUAUAGAAAUUUCUGUGUAUUGAACAUUAUUUUCGACAGUAGUGUAAGUGUACUAACUUUAAUAUAUAUUU